CUCUUCAUCUCACGCUGCCUGACUUCCUCCCAGCACAUUCCUGCACUCCGCCCGUGUCCACACUGCCCCGCAGACCUAGUCCCCUGAGCCCACUGCAGCCUCCCUCCCAAGCCCCUCUGUCUGGGUCUUGCCACAGUGCCAGCAGGUGGCCCUAGGCUGGGGACUGGGGCUCCCUACAGGACACACAGCCCUAAGACCUCAGAGGGCCACCCCUAGAGGGUGGCUAGAGCUCUAGUGGCCCACCCACGUGCCAUCUCUUCCCCCAGCCCUGCCGGCCCCUGGUAGCACUGGCCCCCCCAGAUGCCCGGCUGAAACACAGCAGUGGCCCAAGCUGCCCACACCUCCUCCUGGCCUCCGAGUUUGGCACAGCAGCGAACGACUCCUUGGGCACCAGGCAGCUAACGGACGCAGCCGCCAGCCCAAGCAGCAGCGGCAUGGGCAGCACCAGCCCGGGCCUGAGCAGUGUCUCCCCCAGCCGCCUCCUGCUGCCCCCUGACACUGUGUUGCAGGCAGGCCUGGAGAAGGGGGCGGUGGGGGCGGCAGGGCCUGAGAGACGGGACUGGAGCCCCAGCCCACCUGCCACGCCUGAGCAGGGCCUGUCCGCCUUCUACCUCUCCUACUUCGACAUGCUGUACCCCGAGGACAGCAGCUGGGCGGCCAAGGGCCCUGGAGCCAGCACUCGGGAGGAGCCAACUGAUGAGCCUGAGCAGUGCCCAGUCAUCGACAGCCAAGCCCCGGGGAGCAGCCUGGACUUGACGCCAGGCGGGCUGACCCUGGAGGAGCACUCACUGGAGCAGGUGCAGUCCAUGGUGGUGGGUGAGGUGCUCAAGGACAUCGAGACAGCCUGCAAGCUGCUCAACAUCACGGCAGACCCUGUGGACUGGAGCCCUGGCAACGUGCAGAAGUGGCUCCUGUGGACGGAGCACCAGUACCGGCUGCCCCCUGUGGGCAAGGCCUUCCAGGAGCUGGGUGGCAAGGAGCUGUGUGCCAUGUCGGAAGAGCAGUUUCGUCAGCGCUCACCCCUGGGUGGGGACGUGCUGCACGCCCAUCUGGACAUCUGGAAAUCAGCGGCCUGGAUGAAAGAGAGGACCUCCCCGGGGGCGAUUCACUACUGUGCCUCGACCAGCGAGGAGAGCUGGACUGACAGCGAGGUUGACUCGUCCUGCUCUGGGCAGCCCAUCCACCUGUGGCAGUUUCUUAAGGAACUGCUGCUGAAGCCCCACAGCUACGGCCGCUUCAUCCGUUGGCUGAACAAGGAGAAGGGCAUCUUCAAAAUUGAGGACUCCGCCCAGGUGGCCCGGCUCUGGGGUAUCCGCAAGAACCGUCCUGCCAUGAACUACGACAAGCUGAGCCGCUCCAUCCGCCAGUAUUACAAGAAGGGCAUCAUCCGGAAGCCGGACAUCUCCCAGCGCCUGGUCUAUCAGUUUGUGCACCCCAUCUGAGGGCUGCGGUCCAGGCCCGAGGCCUGAAACUCACCCUCACCAGACCUCCCUCCUGCCUGCCCUGCCUCGGCCAGACCCUGAGCCAGGGGAGAGGGCAGUCUGCUGGCAUCCAGAGUUCAAGGUCAGGCAGGGGAUGGUCCACAGCUCCCAGGGGGUAUAAGUGAGUUCUCUGGGGCCUGAGGGACUCCCAGGGUGGGGUGCUUCCUCCUCAGGCCUGACUGCUCCUGUACCCAGUCCACCAGAGGAUGGGGGGGAGCCAGGGCUGCCCUCAGUGUUCACAGCUCCCCAGGGAAGGCUCUCCUUCCACCUCAGCCUCUGACCCCAGAAUUUCCAGAGCAGAGUUGACAGAAUGGCAGUGACUUGGCCAAGGCCUCUAGCAGUCCAGUGCUCUCUGCCACCCAUUCUGCACCCAUCUGGCAUGGAGCCGGGGGAUGUCUGCACCCUUGAGCUGGGAAGCCAGAGGUACCCUGGGAAUGGAUAAUAAAGAUACUAGAGAACUGA